AUGGUGCUGUCUGGAACGACCUACCAUUCCUUGCUACGGGCAUAUCAAACUUUUGGAUCAACGACUGCGCGGCAAUGGGCGCAGAGCAAGGACCCGCGGCCUCUUGGUAGCUCUAACGAUGUGGAAGACGAAGAUCCUCGCCGACCAAUGCACGCACUUACGAUUGCCGCCUUACUCCCAUCUGCAUGUGCCUGGAUCGGAGAGGCCGGGCAGAACAUCAUACUCCUAUCGGAAGUAUCUUGGAACGUGGCCGAGUUUGCCGCGAAGGCCAUUGAUACUAUGUUGGAUGAUGUGAAAGAGAGAAACUCUAUGAUUCUCAGGGUGUUUGAGACUGCAGGCGGUGCUGUUCACCAGGACAAAGACUUUUGGGGUCUAAAGAAGAAAUAG